AUGGUGGACUUUGCAGGCUAUGCCAUGCCUGUGCAGUACGAAGCAAAAGGGAGCAAACAUGCGCUGAGCAUUAUCGAUUCAACCAAGUGGACUCGAGAGAGCGCCUCUCUCUUUGACGUGAGUCACAUGUGCAGCAUUAGGUGGACUGGCAAGGACGCCUUUGACUUCGUUGAGAGGGUCACCACCGCCGACGUCUACGGACCGGAAAGGGGCCUUCCAACCGCUUGCAGCAAGUCCAAGCUGCUUUCUCGGCUUCAAUUGGGCGUGGUGAAUGCUGGUUGUGCACCAAAAGAUUUGAAGCAUUUUGAAGAGCAGUUGGGCAAGUUUGGCGGCGAUGUCAAAAUGGAGGUCAUGUGGGACAACCGAGGGCUCUUUGCGAUCCAAGGGCCCAAAGCAGCAGAGGUCCUUCAGCGCCUCAGCCCUUCUACAGACCUGAAGUCUGUGCCCUUCGGCCAGUGCUUUUGGAUGACACUGGAAGGUGCUGAGUGCCUGGUGUCUCGGUGUGGCUACACAGGUGAGGAUGGCUUUGAGGUCUUCGUUCCCGGUUCCGCUGCCGUGCCGGUUUGGCAAUUGCUGACCUCACAAGCCGAAGUGCGGCUGGCAGGGCUCGGAGCCCGUGAUUCCCUGCGCCUGGAAGCCGGGCUUUGCUUGUAUGGCCGGGUUCCGCCCGUCCACCGACUCGCGGACGGGGUUGCUGAUGCCAGGGACGGGAUCAUGCAAGCGAGAGGCGAUGAAAUUCUAGCCCAACUCUCCGACAAGUCGCGAUACAAGAGACUGCGUGCUGGGCUGAUGCCGGCAUCUGGACCGCCAGCUAGAGAAGGAGCUGAGAUCGAGACCUUGGACGGGCAGGUUGUCGGGAAGGUGACCAGCGGAAGCAUGUCCCCUUGCUUGAAGAAGAACAUCUCGAUUGGCUACAUCAACAAGCCCCACAACAAGCAGGGCACCGACCUGCAAGUGGUGGUCCGUGGCAAGCGGCAUCCAGCGAAAGCGCGGAGACUCAGAGGCUGGUGGGAAGGACUCCCACGAAGUGCCCUGGACCCACGAGGCUGGUGGGGACAGGCAGGAUCACCUCAAAACAAAGGCAGCGAACUGGUGUUGAAGAGGAUACAAAUCAAAGCUUUGCAGGUCGUUUCGCACAGUACCCCAACUACCAUCGACCGCCAUGAGCCAGGACAUGUGUGA